AUGCGUAACUACACUGCAAAUUUUUUGACAACACAACCCGAAGCGUUACAAGAAAUCGGAAGGAUUGCAGCGAAAAUAGCUUACUACAAUUUCGAUUGGCGUUACGUAACACUUGUUAUGUUUAACACUUUUCAGUACGUCGUUGCAUUGGAAUCAUUUCUGAGUAAUUACAAACAAUCAGUGAUAGUAAAAUGCGGAAAAUUUAUUCCUCGCCAUCGCAACGCCGUCCCGCAGUAUAUAAUAUUUGGAAAGAAUACUGAAUCUUUAAUUGAUACGAUUAAAUGGCUGGAUAAAUCAAACUACGAUAAUUCAGGAAAAUACAUCGUCAUUUGCACAUCACCAUAUAAGAAAGAUUGUGAAGAGUCGCUGAUUUUUGUAGCUGUGUCACAACUGUUAAUAAUUAACGUAGUAUAUUUGAGAGCAAAUAUAAUCAAUGAAUUUUUGGCGUUUUCAUAUGAUAUUGUACGUCCAGGGAAAUGCAUAAACAGUGAAAGUUACACUUUAAAUUUAACAGAUAAAUGUGCUUUAGAUAAUUGUUUCAAGGAUUUAUAUCCGGAGAGAUUGUAUAACUUUUUCAAAUGUCCACUUAUUGUAUCUACUUUUGAGCAACCACCUUUUAUGUAUUUGAAUAAUGUCACCAUGGAACCGUCUGGUGGUGAUGGUGACAUUAUUAAACUUGUUGCUAAAGCGUUGAAUGCAACAUUGGAAAUAAAGACGCCUAUUGAAGGCAAUGAAGCUGGUUUGUAUGAACAUAAUAAUUGGACUGGCUUACCUAUUAUAAAGAUGCCCAGAAAGCGUCCUCUCUUACUAAUCGUGUACACGUGGAUAUGGUUUUGUUUUAUAGUGAAAAGUGCGUAUCAAGCUGUACUAAUAAGAUCUUUGAAAAACGAGCUUUACGAAAGUUUUCUUACCGAUUUUGAGAGCGUUUUAAGAAAUAAACUACCCUAUGGAGGUCUUGUAACGUUGAGAGAAUAUUAUAUAGAUGAACAGGAGAUUUAUAAUAAAUGGGUUCCUUUAGAUUAUGAUGAUGCUACAGAUACUCUCGACAAAAUUUCAAACGGGAGUACAGAUUUUGUGUUAGCAAUGAACAAAGAAAUCGUUAUUGAACAUCUAAUAGAGAAUACUGACAGGCAUUUGCAGAUUUUACCAGAAAAGAUAGUCAAUAGUCCGACAGUAAUGUAUUUCAAAAAGCAUUCAGUUUUAGCUCAACCAGUCAGCCAUGUUCUAAGCAUUUCUGUGGAAGCUGGUCUAACUCAACUGACAUAUACAAGAUAUUUACGGCACAAGAAACAGAUUUUUCUGAGACCUGCACUGCACUGGACUGACUGGACUGGACUGGACUGGACUGCUUGGACUGGCCUGGACUGGACUGGACUGGACUGGACGGACUGGACUGGUAUGGACUGGACUGGAUUGCAUGGGACUGCACUUGACUACAGCACUGCGUUGAAUGGGACUGAACUGGACUCGACUCAACUGAACUGGACUGGACUGGCCUGGACUGAACUGGACUAG